CUCUUCCUCUAGUAAACCGCGGACAGUCGUGCGAAGUUGACGUGUGCUUGGAACAUACGACCGAUAAAACUAAUUACUGCUAAUUGGUGUUAUAUUACGCAGUGCUGAAUUGAUUUUAAAAUUCACGAGAUUAACGCUUAUUAAACACUCGCACGAAAGAACAAAAUCGUUUGCGAGGACAGUGAAGUUUCGUUUUCAGUGCUCUUUAAUUAUUUUGGUAAAAUUUUGUGAAUUUUGGAAGUUCGCGUGCUAACGGACGGAUUGAUCUCCUGACGCGUUAUUUGGAAUCUUACUUGGCAGCCAACAAUGACAUAACAGUCAAAAUGGCGCUACGACUAAAGAAGGAUAUAAAGAAAGCGUCGUAUUACGUGUGGUUCCUCGGUGCGCAGGAGUCGCGCGGUCUCCGCGGGGAGGAAUUCGCGUUACCUGCGAUACGGAUAUUGGAAGAGAGGGCGAGAGAUUUGGAACCGUUCAAGGUCACCUUACAGGUCUCGCACAAGGGCCUGAAGAUCAUCCAGAAUGUGACGAGCAAGGGCAAGCAGCAGACCAUCAAGCACUUCAUCCCGCACGGCUCCAUCACCAGCGCGGUGGUACAGGGAGACGUGGUGGCCUGCGUGCUGCUGCUAUACAACCCCAUCACUGGAUGCCCCGUGCAUGUGCAUGCGUACAGAUGCGACUCUGACCAUACCGCGGAAAUGCUAUACACCCAUUUGCUGGCAUUAAUCGAGCGACCGGAAAAUCAGAAGAAGUUCGCAGAUAUUGAGAGAAAACUUCAAAUGAGGGGUGCCCUGCCGAGCAGCAAGAAGCCGCCAGAUUCGUCUCUGGGCAGCGAAGUAUCCAGAGAAUCAGACUCUGGGAGCAAUGAAGACAGAAAUGUAGCCAAUCUAUACGACAGUCUGGCCGCAGAGUUGAAGCAAAAGUUGUCUACAGGUAAAAAGGGAAUAGGUAAAAGCCCAAUCCUCCUUCCACCCCGGGAUUACGACACGGUACACAGACAGAAGGGGAACCUCAGCAACAUUGACACCCGGCGUUGCUUGAACCAGAACAUCGUGGGUGUGAACGCGCGGCGCAAGCUGGAGUCCUCCGGGGGUAGUUCUGGUAUUGGAAGUGAUCUGGCUCCAUCCCCCGAGAGGAACGAUUACAGACCACACGACAAUCAUAGUACUAGCGAGGAGGAUUGGGCAGAAAGCACCGCGUACAUGAUGCACGAGGCUUUCGACGCGUCGCCGCCGCGCCGCGCCCCCUCUCCGCGCCGUGCCUCGCCCCCGCGUCGCACCCUCUCCCCGCGCAAUUACGACAGGACUCCCGCUUACAAUGAUGACUUCGCCGACCAGUUCAGAGACCAACUAGCCCCCUUCCGCGAAGCCACUUUCGAACGGCGAUUUAGACACGAAUCUCUCGAACGCGUCAACAAAGACAAAACUGACAAAUAUGCCGAUGACACACCUAACUACAGACGGCGAUACGUUCCAGACACCAAGCCAUCAAACAGAAGUAUAGACAGAGUCGAAGACCGCCGCUUCGGCAAACUUCAGAGAGGAGCCAGCGAAGGCAGUCUAAAAUUAGCAGAAGCGUCACCAAAAGAGAGAUUCAACGUCGCCAAGGAAAAAUUCAAGAACUUGGAAAGGGAGAGAUUCAACAGGGAGCUGGAGGCGCACAUGGCCAUGAGGCGGAGUAUGUUAGAAGCGAGGAACAGUCGCUCGACUUCUUCUCCUGAGGAAGAACGACGGGACGAGCGUCAGGAACGUCACAGAGAAGUGAGCUCUCGGCGAGAACAGGAGCGUCCUCACCGCGACGCGGAACGUUCUCACAGAGAGCCCGAGAGGCGGAAGGAAGACAGAGUCCGCGACCUCGGGACGGACUUGGGUCACAGGGAGAUAGAGAGGCUCCCGCGCGUCGGCCGGAAACGCGAUGACCUCAAGCGAUACGAGUACGGCACUGAGGACUAUUUGAACAGGAUCGAGCCGAAGCCACUCCGAGAGGAUUAUGAUAGAUACCGCGAACGUGACAGAAGGGAAGUAGAUCGCCACGUGGACGAGGACGAAAUCAUCGAGCCAAUAGUGGAAGAAAGGCGACGGGACUGGACCGACAGACAGAGAGCCUUCAGCCGUUCCCGUUUGUUGGAUGAGCAGAGACAGUCGUACGCGGAGGGAGACAGGGACAGGUUUUACGAAAGGGACUACAGAGAUUUCCGCGACCUCGCUGAAAGGCAACCGACAAAGUUCCGCCAUAGUUACGCGGAACCAAUAUCCAGGGGCCGCCUCGGCACCGUCAGACCGUAUUGAAAAUGCCAUAAUAGAUAGUCUGAGCGUUAUUGUAAAUGGAUACCUGCAUUAAUAAACUUGGUAAUCACAAAUUAUUAUGGGUAUAUUAUAUGUAUAGAGCGUUAUUGUUAUUUUUAGUUCGUCAUCACAUUUUUAUAAGAGACGUUCAUAUAGAUAUAUGUAUGAGAUUAAACUAUACACGUUGUUAAGAUUUCGAUCAUGUUUAUACCUAGUCUUUUAAAAAUUAUUAUUUUAUGUAACAGACGAAACCAUUUAUACAUCAUCUCGUUGAAUUACACGUGAACUCAGUUGUUAAACUGAUUGUUCCAGUUUAGGUCACAUUAAAUGCCUCAUAAAGAUUCGUUUAUCAUAAAAAGAGAUCAUUACCGGAAAAGAAAUUUUGUAUUAAAUUCUUUUUUUAUUAUUAGCAACAAUAGAAGUAUAAUUCGUUAGCGAUUUUGUAAACGAUCACAGUUUAAUGUAAUUCUUACAUUUAUUGAUAUCAAAGAAGGAUUUAAUUUUGUACUUUUGUCACCUUAUUAAAAUGGAAUAAAGCAUAUCCUCUCUAUUUAUAUAAUAUAAUGGUAUUACAAAAGUGGAAUGAGUAGUCAACAAAGUAUGUGCUCUUAUAAAUACUCAAAAUAUGGUCACAGACAUACUUGUAAAUAUAAAUUAUAUGCUUAAAUCGAAUAUAACAUAGAUUUAAAGAGAACUGUACCUUUAUUAUAACAUUUACAAGGGAAGCCCUUUUAGGAUCAACAUUCAUUGUAAAGCAUAUAUUUGUUACAAAUAUAUUAAAUAAAUGGUAAAAAAUUA